AUGGCCACGCGGGCCACAUCGUACGCCGGACACCAGCAGCCAGAAGAAGCCGAGUCAGUCCUGCAGGUCGAACUGUCAUUGGGGCUGACGGCCGCUGCGCUGCUGGGCCUUGAGUGCGCCGUCGACGUCUCCAUAGUCUCCACCCGGACGGCUCAUGUCGUCGGGGUGGAGGGUUACCGUGCCCACCAACUCUCAACGGCCGUCGUGGCCGAGAUCUGCAGCAUUUAUCCCGAGCGCAAUGGGGCUAUUGUCAACGCCGCUGUUAUAGCUCUGUCCCGCGACAGGAGCCUGCGGGUUCUAGGCUUUGUUUGUGUGGUCGGCGGGCCAGUUUGGGGUGUGUCAAUUGAAAAGGCGAGGAGCGAAUUUGCGCAUUUGAUAUAG